CAAAUGAAGUGGGAACUCGGAAGCCCAAAGGCCACCGCCAACGCUACACUUUUCCCAUCCCCUCUCCUCUUCGGCCUCUGCUCCCCACCGACCACCGCCGUCCCCGCCACGCCACGUCACGCCACCUCUCCUCCCCGGCGACCGCACCAUGCCGCUGCCGACGAUGACCCACUCCUCCGCCUUCCUCCUCCCCGCCUCCACCGACGCUGCUGCAGCCGCCACGACCUACGCGCUCAUCGUCCUCAACCAGCGCCUGCCCCGCUUCGCGCCGCUCCUCUGGGCCCGCGCGCGGCUGCGGGUGUGCGCGGACGGGGGCGCGAACCGCGUGUUCGACGGCAUGCCGGAGCUGCUCCCAGGCGAGGACCCCGCCCAGGUCCGCACCAGGUACAAGCCAGAUGUAGUUAAAGGGGAUAUGGACUCAAUAAGGCCAGAAGUGAAGGAGUAUUAUUCCAAUUUGGGUGCAAUCAUAGUUGAUGAAUCUCACGAUCAAGACACAACUGACUUGCACAAAUGCGUAUCAUUUAUCACAAGAGAGCCUCCUGUCCCAGACAAGUCUAAUCUGUGUAUUCUUGUUCUUGGUGCACUUGGUGGAAGGUUCGAUCAUGAGAUGGGGAACAUCAAUGUAUUAUAUCGCUUCUCAAACAUCAAGAUCGUCCUCCUGUCAGAUGAUUGUUCAAUAUUUCUGCUCCCAAAGACACACGCUCACGAAAUCUGUAUCGAGCGAUCGGUCGAAGGUCCUCAUUGUGGUUUGAUUCCCAUUGGCGCACCGUCGAAUAGCACCUCAACCACUGGGCUCCGGUGGAAUUUGGAUAAUACCAAUAUGAGCUAUGGCGGAUUGAUAAGCACAUCUAAUAUCGUGGAUGACGAUAAAGUGACGGUGACUUCAGAUUCUGAUCUGAUUUGGACAAUAUCACUUCGAAAUUGAGCUGAGGUUGCCCAUAAUUUACCAUGGGUCCACGCCCAAAUUUUGCCUCCCCAAUGUUACAUGGAUUAAUUUCUAUAUUUCAUACCGUGGUGCGGUGAUGUCUUCCACUUCAUUUUGUGACCGGGUAGAUGUCCAUAUAUCUAAUCGUCUUAGUUGUGCUAUCAGAGUAUAGGAUUCCACAUUAUGAAGCCCUCGGCUAUUCUAUAUUCCUAGCGCAUGAUUGCAAUUUUCCUUUGAUUUCUUUUUGUAAAGAUGAUUUCCAUGGAGGUUCUAGAUGAUGUCGGAUUUUCGGAUGUUUCAAGAUGAGGAGCCACCAUCAUUAAUACUCUGGUCAAGUCAUAAAUACAUAUCAUUUUGGAUAA